AUGGAGAUGAACGUGGCUCUGCACCAGGUGAACGUUGCUCUGCACCAGGUGAACGUUGCUCUGCACCAGGUGAUCGUGGUCCUUCACUGGAUGAACGUGGCCUUACACCAAGUUAGCGUGGCCCUGCACCAAGUUAGCGUGGCCCUGCACCAAGUUAGCGUGGCCCUGCACCAAGUUAGCGUGGCCCUGCACCAAGUUAGCGUGGCCCUACACCAGGGUGAGGCAGAGGGCAAGCCCCAGCGGCCACUGGCGUUACCUAGGCAACCAGAGAGCGGCACCAGACAUAGCCACGGCUUCGGCUCGGAACGUUUUUCCUUCCAGCACCCAGCAACAGUUCCUUCCAGCACCCAGCAACAGUUCCUUCCAGCACCCAGCAACAGUUCCUUCCAGCACCCAGUAAUAGCUCCUUCCAGCACCCAGCAACAGUUCCUUCCAGCACCCAGCAACAGUUCCUUCCAGCACCCAGUAAUAGCUCCUUCCAGCACCAGCAGCAACAGUUCCUUCCAGCAACAGUUCCUUCCAGCAAUAAUAGCUCCUUCCAGCACCCAGCAACAGUUCCUUCCAGCACCCAGCAACAGUUCCUUCCAGCACCCAGUAAUAGCUCCUUCCAGCACCCAACAACAGUUCCUUCCAGCACCCAGCUCCUUCAACACCAGCAACCAGUUCCUUCCAGCACCAGCUCCUUCCAGCACCCAUUCCUUCAGCACCCAACAACAGUUCCUUCCAGCACCCAGCAACAGUUCCUUCAGCACCCAGCAACAGUUCCUUCCAGCACCAGUAAUAGCUCCUUCAGCACCGAGCAACAUUUCCUUCCAGCAACAGUUCCUUCCAGCACCCAGUAAUAGCUCCUUCCAGCACCCAACAACAGUGGUUCCUUCAGCACCCACUCCUUCCAGCACCCAGCAACAGUUCCUUCCAGCACCCAAACAGCAGCAACAGUUCCUUCCAGCACCCAGCAACAGUAGCUCCUUCCAGCACCCAGCAACAGUUCCUUCCAGCACCCAGCAACAGUUCCUUCCAGCACCCAGUAAUAGCUCCUUCCAGCACCGAGCAACAGUUCCUUCCAGCACCCAGCAACAGUUCCUUCCAGCACCCAGUAAUAGCUCCUUCCAGCACCCAGUAAUAGCUCCUUCCAGCACCCAGCAACAGUUCCUUCCAGCAACAGUUCCUUCCAGCACCCAGCAACAGUUCCUUCCAGCACCCAGUUAUCAUGGUACCUAG